GGAACCCGCAGCGCUACCUUUGGGUGCGCACGGGUAAAUCCCGCUCCUGUGCAAUAGCCCGUAAACCACACAGGAGAGACAAAGGUUCCUGAAUUAAUUCUUUUGAGCCGAGGGUCUAUCGGAAACAACCUCUCUAUAAAGGUAGAGAUUGUUGGUUCUAACAAUUUGAUCGGCGGUGCACUCGAGUUAUCCAAUUUAGUGACACACAUUCACUGAUCACUACUCUUAUUGACUUGACCCGCCCAAAUUCGACUCAACCCGCCCAUUUGCCACCCCUAGAUGCAAGCAUCUCAGGGACCACAAAGGUCGGGCAGUGUACAUAGAUUGUACCAUCAGCCAAUGCAGCAAGUUCAGCAAUAUUACACCCCUUUCCGUGCUCUUGACGACAACAUUUAUAACGAUAGUAGCAGCUUCGGGACACAGAUUUCUUUUCAAGCACAGAAUGAACAGUUCUUCACUAUUGACUCAGUUUCGCCUCCUUCCAUGAGCUUCUCUCCUUUUUCUCCUCAAUGUUCUCAAUCAUACAUGUCUGAUCCACAUCGUUCCUAUGACAACACUUGUGGUUCACCGGUAAGUGGUUAUUCAGGAGUUGAUGAUGGAACCCGAAAGAACCAUGUGCUGAGGGAACUUAAGAAUACGUUGCAAUGGCCUGAAUCCGAUAUUGAUGACAGCGGAAGUUGCUCCUUCAAUGGUGUAGUCUCGAGACCUUCAAGGCGGAAUCAAGUAUCGGACAUAGCCUCGAGAUUGGACUUGAAAGAGCUACUCGUUGCGUGUGCCGAAGCAGUAUCCGAAGCUGAUAUCUCGACUGCAGAAGUUCUGAUGAAUGUGUUGGAGCCAAGGGUAUCGGUUUCUGGUGUACCUAUGCAACGGCUGAGUGCAUACAUGUUGGAAUGUCUAAAAGCACGAUUAUUAUCCUCGGGGAGUAUCAUAUACAAAAAACUGAAGUGCAACGAACCAACAAGCUCGGAAUUGAUGUCUAACAUGCAAGUUCUCUAUCACAUAUGUCCUUACUACAAGUUCGCUUAUAUGUCCUCCAAUGUAGUUAUCUGUGAAGCCAUGAAGAACGAGAACAGAAUCCAUAUCAUUGAUUUUCAAAUUGCACAGGGAACUCAAUGGAUGUUGCUCAUCCACGAACUUGCUCGUCGGUCUGGUGGACCGCCAUUUGUCCGCAUCACAGGCAUCGAUGAUUCCCAAUCAGCUCGUGCACGGGGCGGAGGCCUAAAGCUAGUUGGCGAAAAGUUAGCAAGCGUUGCCGAGUCAUGCGGAGUGCCUUUUGAAUUCCAUGGUGCUGCGUUGUCGGGCUGUGAGGUCAAAAUAGAAAACCUGCGAGUUAGACAUGGAGAAGCUUUGGCGGUUAACUUCCCUUACAUGUUGCACCACAUGCCAGACGAGAGUGUAAGCACCAUGAACCAUCGAGACCGCCUAUUAAGAUUAGUCAAGAGCUUGUCUCCCAAAAUUGUGGCCCUAGUUGAACAAGAAUCGAACACCAACACUGCCCCUUUCCUUCCAAGGUUCCGUGAAACUCUAGAUUACUAUACAGCAAUGUUCGAGUCAAUUGAUGUUGCCCGUCCGAGGGAUGACAUGCAGCGGAUCAAUGCCGAGGAGCAUUGCAUUGCACGGGAUGUUGUCAAUAUAGUAGCAUGUGAAGGGGCUGAUAGAGUGGAAAGGCAUGAACCUUUUGGCAAGUGGAGGUCAAGACUUUUGAUGGCUGGAUUUACUCCAUGCCCGUUGAGUCCAUCGGUUGGUGAGACCAUCAAGGACAUGUUGAAGGGUUAUAGCCCGAAUUAUAGGCUUGCUGAGAGCCAGGGGGCGAUUUAUCUUGGAUGGAAGAACAGAGCUUUAGCAACGUCGUCUGCUUGGCAAUGACCUCUUUGCCUUCGCAAUCUUGAUAUUAGCUUUCGGAAGAAUAGAAGAGUGUUUCUUUGAUUUUUUUUUUUUUUUUUCACAGAGGUAAGUUUCUGAAAUCUUACUUGUACAUCCUAGUGUAGGAAUUAGCAGAGGAAACAGUAAGCUCCAGAGUAGACACCAUCAACUCAACUGUUGAUCAAAAAUGGAAAUAGCAGAGAAGAUUUUGUAGCAAUUGUCACUUUUACCAAACUUACCAGCUUACUUAAUGAUAAAUCUGUUCUGUGCCUCCUCUCAGUAA